AGGAGAAAUGGCGCAGAAAGGAGUUCAGAUGGACCGUGAAAGAUUCUCUUGUUCCAUCUGUUUGGAUCUACUGAAGGAUCCGGUGACUACAGCCUGUGGACACAGCUACUGUAUGAACUGUAUUAAAUACUUCUGGGAUGGAGAGGAACAGAAAGGAACCUACAGCUGCCCUCAAUGUAGAGAGACCUUCAGACAGAGGCCUGUCUUGAAGAAACACACCCUGUUAGCAGAGUUAAUGGAGGACCUGAAGAAAAGCAGAGCCAAAGCUUCUCCAGCUGACCACUGCUAUGCUGGACCUGGAGAUGUGGCCUGUGGUGUCUGCACUGGGAGGAAGAUGAAAGCUACAAAGUCCUGUCUGGUUUGUCUGGUUUCUUACUGUGAGAAUCAUCUCCAACCUCACUACGAUGUUCCUGUUUUAAAGAAACACAAGCUGGUGGAUCCCUCUGAGAAUCUUCAGCAGAACAUCUGCUCUCGUCAUGAUGAGGUGAUGAAGAUCUUCUGUCGUACUGAUCAGCAGUGUAUCUGUUAUCUCUGCACUAUGGAUGAACAUAAAGGCCAUGAAACAGUCCCAGCUGCAGCAGAAAGAGAUGAGAAGCAGAAGAAGCUCCAGGUGAGUCGACAACAAAUCCAGCAGAGAAUCCAGGACAGAGAGAAAGAUGUGAAGCUGCUUCAACAGGAGGUGGAGCCCAUCAAUGUAUCUGCUGAUAAAACAGUGGAGGACAGUGAGAAGAUCUUCACCGAGUUGAUCCAUAUACUCCAGAAAAGAAGCUCUGAGGUGAAGCAGCAGAUCAGAUCCCAGGUGGCAGCUGAAAUGAGUCGAGUCAAAUAUCUCCAGGAGAAGCUGGAGCAGGAGAUCACUGAGCUGAAGAGGAAAGACGCUGAGCUGGAGCAGCUCUCACACACAGAGGAUCACAACCAGUUUCUCCUCAGAUACCCCUCACUGCCAGCACUCAGUGAGUCUACAUGCUCAUCCAGCAUCAUAGUUCGUCCUCUGAGAUACUUUGAGGAUGUGACACCCGCUGUGUCAGAGCUCAGAGAUAAAUUACAGGAAGUCCUGAGAGACUCAUGGACAAACAUCCAACUGACGAUCACAGAGGUGGAUGUUCUACUGUCAGAACCAGAACCUAAGACUAGAGCUGGUUUCUUAAAAUUUACUAAAACAAUAACUCUGGAUCCAAACACAGCAGGCAAUUAUGUGUCAUGUAAUUGGGACAAAACAGCAACAUUAGAGAAAGAAAAACAGGUUUGUCCUGAUCAUCCAGACAGAUUUACUUGUUCUCAGGUUCUGAGUAAAGAAAGUCUGACUGGACGUUGUUACUGGGAGGUGGAGAGAAAAGGAAAAGAAGUCGAUGUAGCAGUUUCAUACAAGAAUAUCAGCAGAUCAGGAGAUAAAAGUGAUUUUCGAUACAAUGAUAAAUCUUGGUCAUUAUAUUGUGACGGAGACAGUUACAUAUUGUAUCACAACAAUGAUAAAACCAAACUGUCAGGUCCAGUUUCCUCCAAAGUCGGAGUGUACCUGGAUCACAAAGCAGGUAUUCUGUCUUUCUACAGCAUCUCUAAAACCAUGACUCUCCUCCACAGAGUCCAGACCACAUUCACCCAGCCGCUACAUGCUGGAAUUUCACUUUAUAACUAUGGAGACUCAGCUGAGUUCAUUAAACCUAGACAGACAGAAGGGAAUUCAUGUUCAAUUGGUUAAAAUGUGUAUUUUAGUUUCAGUCCAUCUGGUUUUCAUCUUUAUUGCUUGGUUAUUUCUUCACUGGUCUUUAUGGUGAUACUUUAUCUGGUUUGCUGUUGGUGGAGUUUAUUUGGGAGCUACCUUUACUGCAUUGUAGGUAAAAUAAUGUCAACCACAGCUGCUGGUAUUUUAUUAUAAAUUGGAGAUAUUUUUUUUUUACUGUGUGGUUUUUGUUUAUCUAUGGAGGCUAUCACUGCUUAGGAUAUUUUUUAUUCACUUCUACUGAUUAUAUUUACAUUGAUUUAUUUUUCAGAACAAAAUUGUUGUUGGAACUGAUGUCCAGAUGAGAUAAUUAUAAAUCAAUCAGUUACAAAGUUAAUGCUUUGAAAGUCAAAUCCUGAGAAUGUUUUGGAUUUCUCUAUUAAUUUGUUGUUUAGACGUUAAUCAUUAGAUCUUUUUAAGCUUUGCUU